UGUCGAUCAUCCGCCCUGCUGUUGAUCAACCAUGUUCGCUUUUGCACCAAAAUCUUCUCUGGCGGACGAGAUAACUGAAAUUCGUAUCACGCAUUUAAAGCAGCUGCAAAGUAUUACUCUUGAAGCGAAGUUAUUGAGCGACAAAGGCGAAUUGUUCGAGUCAUACGCUCAUUAUGUCGCUGAUAAAGACGGCAAUGUCGACGUUGGCCACGACCUCUCUGUAGGUGGAUCUUACUGCGGAGUUGAACCCAUGGGAUUGAUAUGGAGCAUGAAGCAGGCACCAGGGCAAAGAGAAGGAAUUCGACUAUUGAAAAGAGAUGUUACUGUGCCGUAUGAUAUCAUCGUGAACUGUUUUGAUGGUCAUGUAAUUCCACGUGAAACAUCGCUGCUGCCAUUUUCUAGCGGCACAUUUCAGAAGUCGUUCAUGACGGAUGGAGUAAAGAGAGUUCCUGUAAGAGAAGGGAGAAUCCGAGGCACGUUGUUUCUGCCACCGGGUGAUGGACCAUUCCCAGGUAAUUGUGGAAUCACAUUGAGUAUUCAGCUGGUGACUAAUGUACCUGUCAAUUCCAAAACCGCCCAUGCCCCCCCCCCCCGGGCAAAUCCCUAGGCAUUUGACUCUUUUGAAAAAUUUUGCUCAAAUUCCUGGUUAAUGUUUCCAGUUUAGAUGGUCAAAUGCCCCACCAGCUAGCGCUUCAAGAAGCAACAAAUGCCCCACCCACCAGUAACUGUUCCAAAAUUUUUCCACGCAUCAAACUGUUUAUUCAAAUGUAAGUAUCCUACUAAAUGCACCCGUAAAUACAGUCAAACUCUUUUAAGCAGUCACCCUCGGGAAUUUGCCAGACUCGUACCCAGUCGCUAUUUAAGUGUUUUUUGGGAUGAGAGAAGAUUAGGGAUAAGGUUGAGGCGCGCGCAGGGUCUCAUGGGAAGGGAAGAAGCUAUUUUUCCUUCUUCCCUUCCCAUGACACCCCGCGCGCGCCUCAACCUAAUCCUCAAUCUUCUCUCAUCCCAAAAAACACUUAAAUAGGGACUGGGUACGAGUCUGGGAAUUUGCCAGGAGACUGCUUAAUAGAGGUUUUCUAAAAUUAAGCCCACAAUGUGGCAGAAAUUUAUAUAGAGGGCAAAAUGUAUCACUGUAUUUACAAGAAUUUAUUGUUCACAACAACAGUAAUGGAAAAUUAGAGGUUCUGAGGAGUUCACACCUAACAACUGAAUUGAAUUUGACAUAGGAAUAAAAUAUUUGGAGUUGCUAAAUGUAAAGUGGGUUUUGUUGCUGAACUGGUGAUUUGGUGCAACAUUUCUCACUGUUUCUACAUUGUAAGGUCAAAUCGAGCUAAACUUUGAAGAAAGAUGCAAUUAAGCAUUAAGUAACAAGUGUGCCAAUUGAGGAAAUUAACCUGGUGUGUUUUCAGUCUAUAUAAUUUUUUAUUUGCAGUUUUGUUUCUCACCUGCAUGAGAAACAUCCUGGGAUAAAGUAAGUGUACUUUGCAGAAUUUUACCUGUGUAUACUUAUAAUUUUCUUCAUAAACUAAAUACUACAAAUAAAUGAUGCUGACACACUGAGAGGGUUGGUUAUUUAAACAAAGUCUAACUUAAGCUGCAGUUUAACAAAUCUUAGGACCUCCAGGUCUCUUCCUUAGUGGAUUAUUUUAGGAAGAUAAAUGCUUUUCUAGUCUGCUCCAUAUGCCUUCAUUAACUUUUUACAAUAAAAUGGUGUUUAGAUAAAACCAUUGGACAAGUUGAAAGUGGCUUGAAACAUGGUUUUGUUAAACUGACUGGCUAAACUACGUUUGAAUUAAGGUGGCCCUGAUUUUUUGGCACAGAGAGAGGCUUUAUUGAUAAAAAAUAACCACCUACAGCUCUAUGAGUGACAAACAAAGUAACAACACAAUAAUAACUUCUUUGCCCACUUUAGGGCGAGAAGAGUGGGAAUAAUAAUAAUAGUAGUAAUAAUAAGAAUACUUUAAUAUUACCCUCUCCCCCUAUGGGGCUUUUCAGGGAUAAUGAAACAAAUAAUUUAAAUGAAACAUAACAUGGGUAAAAAUCCCAACCAGUAGGAGGCAAACCUGCUGGCUAUUUACAAGUGUGGCUGAGGAACUGAACAAGGGACUGCCAAGAUCAAAUCCAGCUAGCAGUCGGGACGGGACUUGAGCUGGGGGCCUCCAAAUUACAAGUCCAGCGCCCUAACCACUUGACGAAGCCGUCUACUUAAAAGGAGGAAAAGAUUACACCAUGAAUCUAGCAUCCCACUUGAGCAUUGACAGUUGAUGCUGUACAAUCACUGUAAAAUCACUGGGAACAAUACAUAUUGGACUUUGCACUAGUAAUAGGAGAUCAAAAUGUUACUUACUGUGUACUCAGAAAAUUAGUUAUUUUAAGUACCUAGAAAAGAUUAAUACCUGUAAUGCUUUACCAAUGUCUGACAUUAAUCUGGACAGGAUCUUGUUGAUAAAGCCAUUUUGCCAAGUGGUACAAGUUUUAAGCACAAUGAACUGAGCUACAGGAACAAUUGAAUUGAGGUAAAUAGUAGUACAGUCAAACCCCGCCUAAUUACAGACACCUGCUUAAGGCGGACACCUGGUUAUUGCAGACAGUUUUCCUUGUCCCUAGCCCCUGCAUUUUCUCUUAAUUCAACCACUUAAUACAGAAACCCCAUGAACACGGACACCUUCUAUGGCCACCUUCAGUGUCCAUAUUGAUGGAGUUUUACUGUAUAAACUGUGCCAAGCACAGUCUACUGUACUAGGAUAUAGAGAAUAUUACAUGGCCAUUUGGGGAUACGAAUUUUAUCUUUGAGCACUGAAAGUAUCUCUCACAAGUGAGCGAAGCGAACGAGUUAGAGAUACUUUCAGCACGAGAUGAUAAAAUUCGUAUCCUCAAGCUGCUAUGUAAUGUUCUGUUUAUUUUAUAGAUACUGAUGAAAUUCCUACAUAAAACACAACUUUUUUUAUUCUUUUUCGAAACCACUAAAUAGUGCAAUAUAAGUGGUCACCUACUGCAAAAUGCCUGUCACAAAAAUGUUAUGAAACUCGGAUAUAAAGUUAUAGAGGAGAAAUCAAGACAGUAGUACUUAUAUUUUCUGUUCCAAAAAGUCAAAAUUCUAAUGAAGAAGAGAAAAAUUCUUUAACAGCAAAAGCAUAUGUUAGUAACCAUAGCGACACCAAUAUCCUCACAUGUGAAAGAUAAAAAUAGUAUCUUCACUGCGUGUGAUGAAGAUAUGAUUUUUUACUAAAAGGAAAAAUCCUGGUAUUUCAUCAGUGUCUAUGUAAUAAGGUUAUUUCUUUUGUGUAUUGAUGAAAGUCUUCUGUUUUACACUGUAGGAGUAAUGGAUCUUCUUGGUGGCACAGGAGGACUGGUUGAAUUCAAGGCCUCCUUGUUAGCUUCUCGUGGAUUCGCCGCCUUAGCACUGGCCUAUUUUGGCUAUAUAUGAUGAUCUUCCUUCAUCCCCAAGUCCAUAUGUUGAACUGGAUUACAUUGAAGAGGCAGCAAAAUGGCUGUACCAACAUCCUAAGGUCAUACCAGGUGGUAUAGCACUCCAUUCUCAUUGCAUGGGAACAUGGCUUGCUUUGCUUCUUGCAAGUUAUAGCACUGAUCUAGUGAAGGCUGUGGUAGCAGUAGGACCAUGGUAUUUUGCUAUCAGAAAUACUGCAUACAGGUACAAAGGAAAGUUGUCAAAUACAUACAACUUCCCAGCAGAAGCAGUAAAAUAUACAGAUCAGGGAAUAAUUGUCAGAUUCUGCUUUGCAGCUUCCGAGGAGACAACUAAUCCAUUGGCUGACUUGCCAGCCUUGACUCCGGUGGAAAAUAUUUUUUGUCCUAUUUUACUAGUAUAUAGCACAGAAGAUUUGAACAUGAAUGCCGAAUUAACCUCACGGUACAUAUAUGACCGUUUAAAAGCAGUGAAUAAGGAUUCUCUUUGCACUAUGUUGCGAUUGCCAGGUGCUGGCCAUAUGGUCGAUCCACCCCAUUCUCCAUUAUGCUAUUCAUCUUAUAGCAGCUUUUCCAAAGAGCAAGUCGUGUGGGGUGGGCAACCUAAGUCUCAUGCAAUGGGACAGAUGAUUUAUUGGGACAAAAGUUUACUAUUCAUGCAACAACAUUUGAUGAGAAAUGUAAAGAGCAGUUUGUAGUUUGUUAAUCUACCUUUUUCUACUCCUGGGGUAUAUUUGCAGAAGUGCCUCAUUAUCAGAGUUUAAAACCAACAUUAAGACUUACCUUUUCAAACAUACUUAUAGGGAC